AUGCUCUCAGAGAGCUUCGUCGGGCACGUCGCGCGCGCCGACAUGCAUUUGCCGCAUUUCUGGCAGCGAUCGCACGAAACAUGCGUGAACAAUACCGAGCGAGCGAUAACCAGACUUCCGCCGGCGAGCCUCUGCCUGACUACGAAGCGUUGCUGGACGAGUUCUUGGCUGGUCACGACCAAAGCUUCCACCUUGGCCUUCGCCGAGGUCAAGAACUCGGAUAUCGACGAGGGGUCUCUGGUGGGACUUGCUCAGGGCCUCCGCCAGGCGCAGGAGGCAGCAUACAAUGCUGGGUUUCGGGAUGGGCUAGACGACGCGCAUGAAUAUGCGUAA